AUGAAGUUCACUGCGGGGAUGUGGUGUCUGCAGGAGGGUGUCAAUAUUGAGUGGAUGAGCAAUGUUGAGCGGUUUUCGAUUGAAGGAGAUUCCGUCAAUCUGCUGCUGAACAAGUUCCAGAGACACCGGGGAGACACACUCAAUUCCCCAACCGUUUCGGCACAAAUCACCUCUCCGCUGGAAGGAAUCAUUGGUGUGAAGCUCGUGCACUGGGCAGGUCAAAAUGACAACGGCCCUCACUACCAUGUGAACAAGGGUACGGGACACACCAGCAUCCAGCACAAGAAGGAGGAAACCACGCUCAACUACAAAAGCGGGCCACUCGAUUUGGACGUGAACACUGCCGCCAACGAGCUCGAUCUAGUUUUCCGCUCUCCGGCAGGCAAGAAGCUGACGGGCCAAUCGCACCGCUCUAUCGGAUACGUGCGGGACCAGAGGAGCGAAAAGCACCGCUAUGAAGACGGCAUUUACGCCGAGCGCCAGGGAUAUAUGCUCGCGGGGCUGGACCUGGGCGUUGGCGAGAAGGUCUAUGGGCUUGGAGAGCGGUUCGGACCCCUGGCUAAGAACGGGCAGACGGUUGAUAUUUGGAAUGAAGAUGGGGGGACUUCUUCGGAGUUGGCGUAUAAGAAUAUUCCGUUCUAUAUCAGUUCCAGGGGGUAUGGUGUUUUCGUGAACCAUCCCGGUAAGGUGAGUCUGGAGGUGCAGUCUGAGCGGACGACAAGGGUCAAUAUCUCGGUUCCUGGUGAGGAGAUUGAGUACUUUGUCGUCUAUGGGGCGACACCGAAGGAGAUCCUUAAUCGGUAUACUUCUCUGACUGGCAGACCGGCUCUGGUCCCUUCAUGGAGUUACAAUCUCUGGCUUACGACCAGUUUCACGACCAACUACGACGAACAGACUGUCACAGGGUUCCUUGAUGGUUUCCGUGAUCGUGAUAUCCCCCUUGGGGUGUUCCAUUUCGACUGCUUCUGGAUGAAGUCAUAUCAUUGGUGUGACUUCGACUUCGAUUCCGAGAUGUUCCCCGAUGCCGUGGGCUAUCUCAAGCGCUUGAAAGAUCGCGGCUUGAGGAUCAGCGUCUGGAUAAAUCCGUACGUUGGACAAGCAUCUCCGCUUUUCGCAGAAGGCAAAAAAAAUGGAUACUUCAUCAAGCGCACCGACGGCUCAGUUUGGCAAUGGGACUUCUGGCAAGCAGGCAUGGCGGUGGUCGACUUCACGAACCCCGCCGCCUGCAAAUGGUACAACAGCCACCUGGAGCGACUGAUGGAGAUGGGCGUCGACAGUUUCAAGACCGACUUUGCAGAGCGCAUCCCAGUAAAGAGCAUCCAGUACCACAACGGCGCGGAUCCAGAGCGAAUGCACAAUUACUACGCCCUGCUCUACAACAAGAUCGUGUAUGAAACUCUGAGCGCCCGCGUCGGACGCAGCCAGGGCCUUCUCUUUGCGCGAAGCACCGCGCCAGGUGGCCAGGCGUACCCUGUGCACUGGGGUGGCGACUGCGAAAGCACAUUCGAGGCAAUGGCAGAGUCAUUGCGCGGCGGGCUGAGCUUGAUGCUUUCUGGGUAUAUCUUCUGGGCGUCUGAUAUCGGUGGAUUUGAGGGCACGCCGCCGCCGGCGUUGUAUAAGAGAUGGGUGCAGUUUGGACUGCUGUCAUCGCAUUCACGACUACAUGGGUCGUCUUCUUUCCGGGUGCCGUGGAUCUAUGGCGAGGACUGCUCCGAUGUACUGCGGGAUUGUGUGAAGCGGAAGAUCUUGCUCACGCCGUAUAUUCUGCAGGAGGCGUUGAGGGGCCAUGGAGAUGGUACGCCGCUGAUGAGGCCGCUUUUCUUGGAGUUCCCCGAGGAUUUGAAUACGUAUGCUGUUGAUACGCAGUAUAUGUUUGGGCCGAACUUGUUGGUUGCACCAGUGUUUUCCGAGGAAGGUGAGGUGACAUUCUAUGUGCCCCAAUCUCCUGAUGAUGAGGCAGGGAAAUGGGUUUCGUGGUUUGAUCAUUCAAAGUCCUAUGAGCCUGGUCGUUGGUAUACCGAGACUCAUGACUUUGAUACUCUGCCUAUCUUGAUCCGGCCUGGAUCAGUGACUGUCAUUAAUCCCACGAUCAAAGCACCCGAGGAUGAUUCCCUGUCAGGAGUUGAGAUAUUGGUCAAUGGUCGUUUGCAGAGUGAGACUACGGUUGACCUUGUCAAUGCAGCCCAAACCGACGAGAUCUUGAAGACUGUCCGGCUUUCUCCUGCGGCGGAUGGAAAAGUUGAAGCAACCGGCCAUUCUGUCAAAAUUGUUUACGUUGCUUAA